AUGUCUUUGUCCAUUACAGAGAGGGCAGGAAGCUUGGUUAAGGCCAUGAACCUUGAUGAAAAAGUCUCCAAUGUUGGAAGUGCUGCAGCUGGCAGUUCCAGGCUUGGUUUACCUGCCUAUGCUUGGCAAAAUGAAGCAUUGCACGGACUUGCAGGUAGUGUUGGAGUUCAAUUCCAAACUCCAUUAGGUGCCAACUACAGUGCGGCAACUAGUUUUCCAAUGCCUAUCAACCUGGGUGCCGCGUUUGACGAUGCUCUGGUCCAUGAUGUUGCCACUGUCAUCAGCACAGAAGCUCGCGCAUUCGGCAAUGCUGGCUUUGCUGGACUAGACUUCUGGACUCCAAAUAUCAAUCCGUUUCGUGACCCUCGAUGGGGAAGAGGGAUGGAGACUCCCGGCGAAGAUGCUUAUCACAUUCAACAAUAUGUUUACAACCUCAUCACCGGUUUUGAGGGUGGGCUCGAUGCCCAAUACAAGAGGACACUCGCGACCUGUAAGCAUUUUGCUGCCUACGACAUCGAAGCUGGCCGCACAGCAAAUGAUUUGAAGCCUACACUUCAGGAUAUGGCUGACUACUAUCUACCAAUGUUCCAAACUUGCGUUCGGGACGCCAAAGUAGCGUCCGUCAUGUGUGCGUAUAAUUCAGUGUACGGCAUUCCCGCUUGCGCCAGUGAAUACCUACUCAAAGACGUUCUUCGAGAUCAUUGGAACUUCACAGAUUCAUACAAUUAUGUCGUAUCAGAUUGUGACGCUGUGGAAAAUGUUUACGAUCCUCACCAUUACGCCGAUAGCUUGCCCCAAGCCGCAGCAGACUCCUUGAACGCCGGGACUGAUCUGGACUGUGGGAGCACAUACAACUACCUCAACGAGUCAGUCAAGUCAAACAUGACAAAUGAAGCUACACUUGACUUAUCCCUUACACGACUAUACGCUGCGCUUAUCAAAGUCGGUUACUUUGACUCACCUGCCGAGUACAAGUCAUUGUCUUGGGCUGAUGUAAACACUACCGAGGCGCAAUCCUUAGCUUAUCGUGCAGCAGUAGAAGGAAUUACUCUACUGAAGAACGACGGCACUCUUCCCCUACAGAAAAAUCUUGCCAAAAAGGUUGCCGUGAUUGGACCUUGGGCGAACGCUACUGACCAGCUUCAAGGCAAUUACGCCGGAACAGCGCCAUUCUUGGUCAGUCCGCUAAGCGUAUUCAAGCGCCAAUGGGUCAAUGUACAAUAUUCUCAGGGUGCAGAUAUCAAUUCACAGGAUACGAGCAAAUUCGCGGAUGCUCUCUCGGCGGCAAAGGCGUCCGAUUAUGUCAUCUACCUAGGUGGUAUCGACGGAAGUGUGGAAAAUGAGGGAAGAGAUCGAGAGUCUAUCACCUGGCCAGGGAAUCAGUUGGAUCUCGUCUCAAAUCUUGCUAGCCUCGGCAAACCCCUGGUGGUUUUACAAUUCGGUGGUGGACAAGUUGAUGAUACAACUCUGCUCCAGAACAAAAAUGUCAGCGCCAUACUUUGGGCAGGGUACCCGGGUCAGGACGGUGGCAACGCAGUUUUCGAUGCUCUUACCGGUGUUGCGCCUCCAGCUGGACGAUUGCCGAUUACCCAAUAUCCAGGAAGCUAUGUCAAUGGGAACAGUAUCUAUGACAUGAACCUGAGGCCUUCUGGCGGUAUUCCGGGAAGGACGUAUAUGUGGUACAGUGGGAAACCUAUCAUUCCUUUUGGGUAUGGAUUACACUAUACCAACUUUUCAGCUUCCUGGAAGUCCGUGCCCAAGAAAACAUCAUUCGACAUAGCAUCACUGUCUAAGGGUGCCACUGGCUUUAAGGACCUGGCCAAGUUUGCAACAUUGUCUGUCAACGUCCGGAAUGUUGGAAGCAGGUCAAACCUUGCGUCUGAUUAUGUUGGGCUCUUAUUUUUGUCAUCUACAAACGGCGGACCGGCGCCACAUCCAAAGAAGCAGCUUGUAUCAUAUGGUCGGCUGCACAAAAUUGGCGUUGGCUCAACGCAACAACUGGAUCUCACAGUGACUUUGGGUUCACUAGCAAGAGCAGAUGACCAAGGCAACAAGUACAUAUACCCAGGGCAAUAUACCCUUGCCUUGGAUGUGGACGGGAAAGUCAAGUUCACCUUCACAUUGACCGGCAAGAAACUUCUCAUCGAUUCUCUACCCCAGGUACACGACACACAGCUUACGAAGCAGGGGUCUUGA